GCGUGCGCUCCGCUCUGCCGGCGCCAAGAGCGGUCAUCGAAGGACCGAACUACCGCCCAGCUGAGGACGCGCAGGGUCUGACGAUCGGAGGUCGCCUGGAGCCCUCGGCAAGCACUGAGCCCGGAGGGAGGCCGAGGAAACCUAGGGUCUGAAGCCGGGAGCCAAGAGCUGCGAGUCCAGAGGAGCGCGAGCCCGAGCGCUCCCGGGGCAGCGCGAUCUGGGUCCGGCGCCUCCAGGCUGGACGGCGCCCCGCAGCCCUCCCGCGCCCUCCCUCGGGCGCCUCCUCCUCCGACCUCGCCUGCCACACGCCCACUCUCGCCCGGACUUCUAGCCGCUGAGGUGCAAGACAGAGCUGCGAACCGCGCGCGCCCACCAUGCGCCUCAACAGCUCGGCGCCGGGCAUGCCGGGCGCGCCGGCCGCCGACCCCUUUCCCCAGCCGCGGACAGGGUUGGAGGUGGCGCUGCUGACCCCAGGCUUCGGCAACCGGUCGGACAACGGGUCGGAGAGCGACCUCGCGGCGCCCAGCAGCGACCUGGACGUGAACACCGAUAUCUACUCCAAGGUGCUUGUGACCGCUGUGUACCUGGCGCUCUUCGUGUUGGGCACGGUGGGCAACUCGGUGACAGUGUUCACGCUGGCACGCAAGAAGUCGCUGCAGGGCCUGCAGAGCACGGUGCACUACCACCUGGGCAGCCUGGCCCUGUCGGACCUCCUCAUCUUGCUGCUAGCCCUGCCCGUGGAGCUCUACAACUUCAUCUGGGUGCACCACCCCUGGGCCUUCGGCGACGCCGGCUGCCGCGGCUACUACUUCCUGCGCGACGCCUGCACCUAUGCCACGGCCCUCAACGUGGCCAGCCUGAGCGUGGAGCGCUACCUGGCCAUCUGCCACCCCUUCAAGGCCAAGACCCUGAUGUCCUGCAGCCGCACCAAGAAGUUCAUCAGCGCCAUCUGGCUGGCCUCGGGCCUGCUGGCAGUGCCCAUGCUGUUCACCAUGGGCCAGCAGAACCGCAGCGCCGACGGCCAGCACCCCGGUGGCCUGGUGUGCACGCCCACCGUGGGCACAGCCACCGUCAAGGCCGUCAUACAGGUCAGCACCUUCAUGUCCUUCGUGUUCCCCAUGGUGGUCAUCUCAGUCCUGAACACCAUCAUUGCCAACAAGCUGACCGUCAUGGUCCACCAGGCAGCAGAGCAGGGACGGGUAUGCACAGUUGGGGACCAGCACGGCACGUUCAGCAUGUCCAUCGAGCCUGGCAGGGUACAGGCCCUGCGGCACGGUGUCCGGGUCUUACGUGCCGUGGUCAUCGCCUUCGUGGUCUGCUGGCUGCCUUACCACAUCCGGCGCCUCAUGUUCUGCUACAUUUCAGACAAGCAGUGGACUCCGUUCCUCUAUGACUCCUACCACUAUUUCUACAUGAUGACCAACGCACUCUUCUACGUCAGCUCCACCGUCAACCCCAUCCUGUACAACCUCGUCUCCGCCAACUUCCGCCAGAUCUUUCUGUCUACCCUGGCCUGCCUCUGCCCCGUGUGGCGGCACAGGAAGAGGCGGCCAGCGUUCUCAAGGAAGGCCAACAGCGUGUCCAGCAACCACACCUUCUCCAGCAACACCACCCGAGAGACACUGUACUAGGGCCCGGCCUUAUGACGCUCAGUGUCCUCAGCCUCAAUGGGGGUCAGCUGGGACCAGCCUGGGUUGUGGUCUGAAGCCUGGGAACCCUCACUGUGCCCCAGAGGCCUCUUUCUCUCCAGCUUUCCUUUGCCUCUCCCCACCCCCACCACUCUUUGAAAGCCGGAACAGGAGAUUGCUCCCUCCCAGUUGCAGCCGGGCUUCUAACAAGGAGAAAUUAGUGUGCAGCGACAGGCAAUGUCUUUGUUCCCAGCCUAAUGGAUCUUUAAAGAGAAGAAAAUGAAAGGCCCUCGGGCGGCUGGGCUGUUGUUGGUGAGGGCACCUCUGAUGUCCCUGCUGGUGGGAACUCAGCUGUUCUGCCCGCUCUGUCCCACCCCAUGAAGGAAUGAGGAGAGGGCUGCUGGGCUGGCGGCACAUCCCAGCUCUACCUAGCAAGUUCAGGGUAAGGCCAGCCCCAGGUUCGGCAGGCACCAAGGCUUUCAGCCUUGUACCCAGGCCCUUCCGUGGAGGACAGGGCUCUGCCUUCCCUAAGGCAACUCCGAGGAAGCCUCUGAUUCUGUCCUUCAGGUGUGGCCCCACUCAGUGCCCACUGCUGGGGGUGGAAAAUCCACCCCAGCACCCUGGCCCCAGACAACCGAGGCCAACAGAGGGGACCAGGUUCCACACACCCAAGAGGGAUACACAGGGGCUGGCCUCAACUUGCCCCACCCCAGCCUCUCCUACCCUGUCCUCCCUAGGGACACCACCAGGGGGGCAACCUGAGCCUCUCAGGCUCAGCACAGGGGACUCCAGGUUGAUGGCAGUGCUACCCUGCUGCCCAGGUGGCCUUGGAUGAGCACCCUGUGAGCCCUCACUGUGGUGCAGGCUGAGGUCCAGAGCCAGGCUCCCCACCAGCUUCAGAGUGGGUGCCCUGAGAAGUUGUCUGGUCCCUGAACAAGAUGACAGGUCCCAGGGACUUUGGCCAAAGGUAAGAAGGGAGCUGUGUGACCAGGCACCAGCUAGCCAGCAGCAUCAGGCCAAGGCAGACUCAUUUAUCACCAGGCAGCAGGCAGCUGCCUGGGCCCGGGCGCCAGGAAGGGGAGGUGCCUCCAUGGCUUCCAAACAGAGCAGGACCAGCCGGCUCUGGACUCCAGAAAGUGGUUGCCUAAGCCCCAGAGAGCAGGCCCCCCAAGCCUGGGAGGUAAUUCAGCCCCUCUGAAAGCAGGCUGUGAGUCCUGGAGCAGCAUUUGCCCAGAAGGGAAGUGGGUGAGCUGCCCAUGUGGGUAGCAUGGAUUUGGGACUCAGGAGACCCAGUCCUAAGCAGAGAUUAGCCACUUGGUUCUCUCCAGACUCAGUUUCCCCAUCUGUGAAAUGGUGAGCUGAGUGCUGCCAUCUCUGUGGUCACUCUGAAACCCCUCCAAGCUGCAGGAUGCUUCAGUUCCUUGAGGGCAGGGUGGUGUCAGGCCCAAGUGUCAAGCUUCCUAGCAACUGUCACCUCCCACAAGUGGAGUCAUCAGGCCCGGGAGUCCCCUGGGUACCAGAGGAUCACUGAGCCCAAGGAGACAUGCAGGCCAGGAGGCCUUUCUUCACCCUACAGCUCCCCCUUGGGGGAUCUGCUCUGGGAGAGGAGCUGCCCAAAGGAACCAGAGCUCAGCACAGCCCCAGGCCUGCUCAGUGAGCGGCUCAGAGUGUAGCCAGUUCUAAGGCCCCUGAGACUGGACACAGGCUUCUGAAUGAGACCUUGGACACGGGGUCAGACAGUCCAGGCUCUAUCCCUCUGUGGCGUUCCAGGAUCUUGGGCAUCCUACAUUUCUCUGAGCCUCAGUUUCCCCAUCUAAGGAAUAGGCAUGGGCAUUGUACCCUUUCAGUAUGACUGUCCCGGAGGACCCAGGCCAGAGUGGACAGAAGGAACCCUAAGAUGGACACAGAGUCAAUGCCCCUCGAGCCAGGCCCUUUGUGGACAUAGGCGGCGUCUGCCCGGUGAAGUCUAUGGCUGAAGCCUAAAGCCACUUAAUGGUGUAAUUUUUAUGUCCCCAUCUGUGCACUCGGUGUCUGCAGGGACAUGUGUCCACACACCCUGGACGAACCCCUGUGACCCCCCCCACAUCCAGUGCUAUUACCUCCUGGGCACGUCAUGAUGUGACUGUGGAAGCCAGCCAAGUGCCAUGAAUGUGGCAGUGGCAGAGUCCAGAGUCCCUGUGACUGCCCAGUAGUGACAGCGAAGCCCCUCCCCAGCCCAAAUGCCUGCAGGGAUGCACCUGCCCCACCCCUGCCACGCUGCAGAUGACAACAAGCCCCUGUGUCUCUCAA